AUGGCUCUCUACCAGCCCUCGAGCCUCAUCGGCGGCAAGGACCUAGACGCCCUGCCCCCUGAUGAGCGCAUGGCCCUCCUGCGGUCGCAGCUCCUCACCGGGCAGAUCCUGUCCAUCGACACGCUGCUCGACGCUCUUUGCUCUUUCUACGAGGUGAGCGCCAACCUGGACCCGACUCUCUUUCCCCACGCCGGGCGCUUCAAGAACAACUUCGGCGAUCUGGUGGCCGAUGUCCGGAAGUUCCGCAUUCGCAUCGAGGACUUCCGCAUGGUGAAGCUCCUCGGCCGCGGUGCCUUCGGCGAGGUGUCCCUCUACCAGUCGAACUUCAACCAGAAGUACUAUGCCAUCAAGCGCCUGCACAAGGGCUACAUGCUGAUCAACUCGGAGGCCUUCUACAUGGAGGAGCGUCAGCUCCUCGGCCUGGCCUCCGGUGACUGGAUCACCCGCCUGGAGUACGCCUUCCAGGAUGACAAGUACCUGUACCUGGUCAUGGAGUACCUGGCCGGUGGCAAUGUGCUGAGCUCGCUCUACCGCCAGGAUGACGGCUACUUCGAUGAGAACACCGUCCGCUUUUACAUUGCCCAAACGGUGCUCGGCAUCCAUGCCAUCCACUCGAUGGGCUACAUCUAUCGCGAUCUCAAACCCGAGAACAUGCUCCUCGACUCCAAUGGCUAUGUGAAGCUGGCCGACUUCGGGUCCUGCUUGCGCAUUGGCAGCAUGUCGGUCGAGUCCAUGACGCCAGUCGGAACACCUAACUACAUUUCGCCCGAGCUGCUGGCCUGCAUGCACAAGGGCGGCCACGUCGGCACCGAGACCGAUUGGUGGUCCCUCGGCAUCGUGCUCUACGAGCUGCUCUACGGCGGCCCGCCCUUCGACAGCGAGCGCAACACCGUCCUCUUCGGCAUGAUCCAGAACCACGAAAAGCACCUGGAGUUCCCGGAUGACUACGAGGUGUCGCCCGAGGCGGUGGACCUCAUCCGCGGGCUCAUCUGCGAUCGGUCCAAACGUCUGAACUUCGAGCAGAUCAAGGCCCACCCCUUCUUCAAGGGCAUCGAUUGGGAGACGACCCGGCAGCAGACGCCGCCCAUUGUGCCGCAGCUCAAUGGCCCGGAGGACACGCACCUCUUCGAGGAUGACCUCUUCGAGAUCCCGCCCGACCUGCCGGCCCCGCCCAUCGACACCAACUCCGGCGCCCAGCUGGCCUUUGUCGGGUACACCUUCUACCGGAACCGGGAUUACGGCCUGCCGACCCCCCCGCAGCCCGACACCGCGGCCCUCCCGGCGGCGGCCCCGGCCCCGGCGGUUGCUGCCCAGUCGGCCAUCUCCGAAGCCGAGUUCAAGAAGUACCGCGAGGAUUCCGAACGCUGGAAGCAGAUGUUCCAGACGGAGCAGAGUAUCCAGGACCUUUCUUCGGAGCUCAGCAAGAAGGACCAGUCCCUGCAGCAGGAGUCCUCUGCUCGCAAGGAGGCCGAGAACACCCUGGCCGAGGCCGAGCGCGGGGCCAACCUCCUGCGUGUCGAGCUGUCCGAGGCCACCCACAAGCUGUCCAGUGUGACGGCCGCGCGUGACAAGCUCGAAGACAAUGUCAAGUCCCUGGAGGAGCGCAUCCACCAGCUUCAGGUGGCCCAGGCCAGCCUGUCCAGCUCGGCCUCCGCCCAGGCCGAUUCCACCGGCCGGCUGAAGUCCCAGCUUGAGGAGACGGAGGCCGAGCUGGAGGCCCUGCAGAUGAAGUACUCCUCCAAGACCAGCGUCCUGGCCGAGCUGGAGGAGACCGUGGCCGACCUGACGGCCAAGAUCGCCUCCCUCGAGCGGGCCCUCGCCAGCGAGCAGGAGAAGCGCCAGGUUGCGCAGAAGGACCUCGAUGAGACCAAGACCCAGCUGUCCGAGGCCACCUCCAAGUUCCAGGCUGCCGAGCGCCAGGUCAGCCGCCACGAGACCGAAAUCCUCUCUCUCAGCCAGAGCCUGGCCUCCGCCCAGUCCUCGCUGGAGGCCGAGCAGAAGCUCAAGACCGAGCUGCUGACGGCCAAGAACGAGGCGGACUCGCGACUGGCCCUGAUCGACGCCGAGAUGAAGUCACUCAAGCGCGAGCUGACCACGACCCAGGUCAAGCGCGACCAGCUCCAGGUCAAGGUCGAGGAGCUGGAGCAAUCCAUGGCCUCGGCGCUCAAGUCCUCCAACGAGGAGGCGGCCUCCCUGUCGCAGAAGGAAAUCGAGUCGCUGAAGAAGCAGCUGGCCAGCGAGAAGCAGCAUGCGGCCGAGCUGAACACCCAGGUGGACGACCUGAUCCGGGAGAAGGCCUCGCUCGGGGUCCGGAUCACGGAGCUGAACCAGUCGCUGGAGACGUCGAGCCACGAGCUGAGCGCCACAACCAAGAAGCUGGCCGCGCUGCAGGCGCAAUUUGACCUGAAGGUGGCCUCGGAGCGGGACCUGCUGGCCACGCAGUCCGAGCUCCAGGCGGCCAAUGCCCAGCUGGAGGUGUCGCUAACGGAGGCCAACAAUGCGCGGAACCGCUCCAUCGAGGAGAUGCGCGCCCUGCAGGACCGCCUCCAGUCGGUGGACACCGAGCUGAAGGAGGCCCAAAUCCGGGCGGACCAGUCGCGCCGGGACUUCCGCGAGGAGAACAGCUCGCGCGAGGUCCUGCGCGGGCAGCUGGACCGGGCGCGCAGCGACCUGGAGGUGGAAAAGCGGACAACCCAGCAGCUGCAGGUGUCGCUGGAUGCCUCGCUGGCCGAGAAGAAGUCCCUGGAGGAGCGCCUGGAGAAGGCGAUCGCCGAGCAGCAGGCCCAGGACGAGGCCUCCCGGGCCCUGGAGGAGACCCUGUCGAGUCUGCGCAAGGAGCGGGCCGUGGUGCAGGUGGACGUUGUCCAGCUGGAAAAGCGCCUGCAGAUGGAGCAGCAGCGCCAGCGCGAGCUGGAGGAGCAGGCCCAGGAGACCGGGUCCCGGCUGGCGCGCACGGCCCAGGAGACGGCCCAGCUGACGGAGCAGCUUGCUUCGGAGCAGGCCCGGGUCCGGGACCUGCAGGCCCAGCUGGCCGAGGCCCAGGCCCAGACCUCCUCCUCGUCGGCCGAGGACAAGCAGCAGAUCGAGGCCCUGCUGCGGGACAACAAGCUCCUGGCCGAGAAGAACCAGGCGACCGUGGCCCGCCUGGAGGCGGUCCUGACCCAGAAGCCGGAGACCAUGUCACGCUUCCAGUACCGGCGCCUGCGCGAUGAGUAUGCCGCCUUCAAGGCCCGUUCCGAGCUGCUGACCGAGCGCCUGGAAACCGAUGUCAAGCUGUACAAGGACCGGAACAGCCGCCUGCUGAAGGAGCUGGCCGAUGCCAACCACCUGAUUACCCAAUUCCGGGAUCACACCUGUGCCGCGGGGGGUAGCCCGGCGGUGGUGACCACCCCCACCGGUGGUGUUGCGGCCGGGUCGGGCUCGGGGCCGGCCUCGCUGGAGGCGGCCAUUUCGGCGGCCACUGCCGCGGCCGCGGCCGCUGCCUCGCACAGCACCACCUCCUCGACGGAGCUGGCGUCGCCGGUGCCGGCAUCGCCGCUGGAGCGGCGGAACUCCAGUGCCUCCAUGAUGAGUGUCUCGGCCGGGGGGUACCACUCGCCGUCUUCCUUCUCUUCCGGGGCCGGGACCGGGUCGAGCCACUCUUCGCCGACCAUGACCAGCAGCACGAGCCAUCAUCAUGGCUUGUCGCAUGCGGGCGCCUCGUCCGGUGGUCAGCAGUCCUCCUCGAUGCUGUCGUUCUUCCGGCUGCGGACCAUUCGCCCGCAGUCGCGCAAGUUCUCCCUCGAGGGGUAUCUCAAGAUGCUGAUCGAGGCUGACGGCAUCCGCCAGGGCUGGGACCGCAAGUACUUUGCCAUCCUCGACGCGCAGGUCUUGAUGUUCGAGAAGCGCGACCAUGCCCCGAAGGGCGAGGGCACGCCGGUCAUUGACAUCCGGUCCAAGCACUUUGUCGUUCGCCCUGGCAGCACCAAGAUGCAGGACUCGCCCAACAUCGCGGAGAUCCCCUGCAUCUUCGUGGUGUAUGCCACGAAUGGCGACCCGGCGCAGCUGUUCCGCGCGGCGUCCGUGUCCUCCACCGCGUCCGGGGUCAGUCGCGCGGCGUCAUUGACCUCGGCCACCGGGAUCGUCGGGUCAGCCGGGUCCAUCGACAGCGUCGGGUCCUCGGCAUCCAACGACAAUUUGGCCAUGGCGGCGGCCAUCGGCCGCGGCGGCGGAGGGGCAGGCAGCGUGCGCACUUCCUCGGGCCUGGCCGGCGAGCCGAUUACCACCUCCUCGCGCGUCGGGUCCGAGAGCAGUGUCUGCUCCUCGUCGGUCGACACGUCGGAGGUUGCCAGCUCCGACACCGAGCCCGAGACCGAGGGGUCUGGGCCGGCUUCGCCGGCGGUCCUGACCCGCGUGCAGGAUCUGACCCAUCGCCAGGUGCACACGAUGAACAUCAUCAGCGGCCUGCAGAAGGCCCUGCUUUUGGCCGGGUCGACGACUCAGAAGAACCUGAUCGAGAAGCAGCUGGACCCCCACCGCCGGGAGCUGGCGUCGAUCGAGCGCGAGCUGCAGACUCUGCGCGGGCAGCAGGCCGGGGCCGGGGCCGCUGGCGGGGCCAGCGCCACCGGCGGCCCGGAUGCCGCCUCCUCGCAGGCGGUGGCCACGCUCGACGCGAAGAUCCUCAAGCUGUCCAAUGAGCUGGAGGUGGAGAAGGGCGUGCGCGAUGGCGCCAUCAAGCUGAUUCUCAGCCUGCUGGAGUCGCGGGAUCACAUUAGCCGGUCGUUGGCCCAGCGGCACCUGGAUGACAUUCGGCUCCGGGUGCAGAGCAUGCUGACGCACUUGGCCGAGGUGGAGAAGGAGCGCCAGGCCCUGCUGGUGUCCAUUGGCCACUGGCCGGGGGAUGUGCUGCGCUUCGAUGUCUCCGGACAAGACCACCAGUUCACGGUCUGCCCGACGGCGGCCAGCGGCAAGCCGGCCAACUGCUUCGUCUGCGAGAGCUCCCUGUCGCAGGUGACCACGGUGCUGUGUCGCGCAUGCAAUGUUCACACGCACACCCGGUGCGCGUCGCUCAUCGAGGAGCGCUGCUCCGAGGUCCUGGUCAUGAACACCACCCGGCCGCAGGUGUUCAUCGCCUCCGACCCGGAGGCCCGGCUCCUGUGGGUGGACAAGCUCCUCUCCGCGCGGAUGUCUCACAUGAAUGCCGUGGCCGCCGGGCCCAAGUCCGCCGAUUCCUAGUCCCCUCCUCGCGGCGGCGCGCCGGUUCGCGUGCGCGUUCAUGUGUGUGUGUGUGUGUGUGUG